GUCAAAACAUUUCAAAUCAAAGGUGUCAGAAAUGUGAAUCUGUUGUGAAGAACCUUUAAAUUUAUAAUUUUAUUUACAUUGAUGAAAUGUAAUACUGUGUUGAUUUAAUUAUUAUAAUCUUUUGUGAUGUCCGUAUGUCCCCUAUUUUAUCAUAUUUUUUUCUCUCUCAUUGUUGUUUUUAUAUGUAUACUUAAUUUACAAUUUAAAAAGAAAAUUGUGUUUCAAUUUAGAUGGACACAUGAAUUAACUCAUGUACAACCUUUUUAACGUGUUUCUUUUUAUUUUAAUACAAAGAUUAUCUGGUAAAACAGUCAGAUUUCUAUGCACUUCUGUGAUUUUAGACAAUGCUGUGUGUGUGUGUGUGUGUGUGUGUGUGUGUGUGUGUGUGUGAACAGGACUUUUAUUUUGGAGUGACGACAUGACGUCAUAAGACUGCGCCGAACUCCUUCAUCUGUUGUGAUUCUGAUGAAUAAAGAUGGCGUUCAUUAAAGAGGAGACUGAAGACAUGAAGAUUGAUUUUAUUAAAGAGGAGACUGAAGAAAUAAAGAUUGAAGAAACAUUCAGUGUGAAACAUGAAGAUACUGAGGAACAAACAGACCUAAUGACACUGAAAGAGGCGAGUCAUGAACUUAAUGAAAUGCAAGAAGAGAAAAAACAUUAUGAUAAACAUAAUGAUUUCAUGACUGGGGAAAGAGCGACACAGGCUAAAAAGUCUUCCUCACGAAAAAGAGCUCAAAAGACAGGAACUAAAAGUUAUUUCACCUGCCAACAGUGUGGAAAGAGUUUUAAACAACACAGAUUACUUAAAGUCCACUUGAGAGUUCACACUAGAGAGAGCCCCAUCACUUGCCAACAGUGUGGAAAGAGUUUCACACGUGAAGAUUACCUUAAAGUCCACAUGAGGAUUCAUACGGGAGAAAAGCCUUACACCUGCCAACAGUGUGGAAAGAGUUUCAGUCAAAAAGGAAAUCUUAAAGACCACAUGAGAAUUCACACUGGAGAGAAACCUUUCACCUGCCAACAAUGUGGACAGAGUUUCAGUCAAAAAGGAAGUCUUAAAGUCCACAUGAGAAUUCACACUGGAGAAAAGCCUCACACCUGCCAACAGUGUGGAAAGAGUUUCCCUGUAAAAGGAAGACUUAUAGUCCACAUGAGAAUUCACACUGGAGAGAGCCCAUUCGCCUGCCAACAGUGUGGACAGAGUUACAAAGAAAAAGGAAAACUUGAAAUCCAUAUGAGAAUUCACACUGGAGAAAAGCCUCACACCUGCCAACAGUGUGGAAAGAGUUUCAGUAGAAAAGGAAGUCUUACAGCCCACAUGAAUAUUCACACUGGAGAGAAGCCAUACACAUGUGAUCAGUGUGGAAAGAGUUUCACACAUAAAUUGACCCUUUAUAACCACAUGAAUAUUCAUACCGAAGAGAAGCCAUUCAUUUGUGAUAAGUGUGGUAAGAGUUUCAGAUUAAAAGGUAACCUUAAGAGCCACACGAGGAUUCACUCGAAAGAGAAGUCUUUCAGAAGUCGUCACUGUGGAAAUAGCAGAGGUGUAAAGAGUACCUGCUCCUCCCACUGCAGUCACAUCAAUAAAUGCUGGAAUAUUCCCAUCAGAAGAGCACUGAAGCAUCAGGAAGAGCUGGAAACUGCAGAGAACAUGAGUGAUCCAGAACCCUGCAGAAUGAAACACACUGAAGAUACUGAAGAACAAAGAGACCUGAUGGAAGAAAGCGAGGAGAGUGAAGAACUAAAGACAUUUCUGAAGAAAAGAGCCAAGAAAUCUUUCACCUGCACUCAGUGUGGAAAGAGUUUCUCAACCAAACAACAUCUUAAGGAUCACAUGAGAGUUCAUACAGGAGAGAAGCCGUUCACAUGUGAUCAGUGUGGGAAGAGCUACAGUCAAUCAUCAAGCCUUAAAGCACACAUGAGGAUCCACACCGGAGUGAGACCGUUCACAUGUCACCAAUGUGACAAAACAUUUCUUGGGGAAUCAACCUUAAAGAAACACCUGAGAGUUCAUACAAAGGAGAAGCCAUAUUCAUGUUCUGUGUGUGGAAAUAGUUUUUCACAGCUGCAUUAUUUACAUAAACAUGAGAAAAUACACACUGGUGUGAGAGAGUACAUGUGCUUUGAGUGUGAGAAGACUUUUACUAUAGCAAACCAUUUAAAACAGCACCAGAGAACUCACACUGGAGAAAAACCUUACAAGUGUUCACACUGUGACAAGAGAUUCAGUCAGUCAUCAUCUCUGAAAACACAUGAGAUGAUCCACACUGGAGAAAAACCUUACAAGUGUUCACAGUGUGACAAGAGAUUCAGUCUGUCAUCAAAUCUGAAAACACAUGAGAGGAUUCACACUGGAGAAAAACCUUACAAUUGUUCACAGUGUGACAAGAGAUUCAGUCAGUCAUCACAUCUGAAAACACAUGAGAGGAUCCACACUGGAGAAAAACCUUACAAGUGUUCACAGUGUGACAAGAGAUUUAAUCAGUCAUCAUAUCUGAAAACACACAAGGAGAUCCACAGCAGAGAGAAGCGGCACACGUGUGAUCGGUGUGGAAAGAGUUUCUCUUUUAAAAAUCAGCUGAAGAUACACAUGAAGAUCCAUGCAGUGGAGAAACCACAUCACCACAGUCUGCAAUCAUGAUAAGUAGUUCAUCUUUGUGUGCUGAGCAACAAUCCCUCUUCUGUGUAAGGUAGACAAAUCUCUCCUCUCCACCUAUAGUUGGCGCUGUUGCUCUGUGGCUGCUGUUGAAUUAUCCAGGUUGUGAAUGAGGAGAGACCCCGAAAUGCCUCAUUCAUUCAUUUAUUCAUAGUUAACUGUUUCUCAAUAUGUGCUCUUGUCUGUACUUGUUUGAACGUCAUCAGUCGCUGUCCAAGUACUGUUCCAAUUCAAAGUUCACAUCUAGCCAAGUACAGUUCAAAUCCCCGGAUGUGUUCUUGAUCCGCCAUUUUAUCGAGGAUGCAUUGAGAGGUGACUUGUGCAGAAUGCAUCUUGCACUAACCAGCAAGUGUCAGUAGCAGAGGAGAAAACCCAUGUAACACACUACUGUUAUUAUGUCAUGAUAUGUAGUUUUAAGAGUUUUCAGGCAUGUAGGAAUGUACUGGUUUAAAGCUCAAAUUUGUGGUUUAUUGAUAAAAGUAGCACCUAUUUGGAGUUGUGAGAUCCAGAUGAUCACUGGGCGCUCAUGUACCCCGCUGAGAGCAUCCUUACCUCAGCUAGUCCUUCUGACGUUUGCCGCUGGCUCUGAUGUCUCUGUAGUGCUUAAACAUAAUAUAAUUCAUCUUUUGUAAAUCUAACGGGUGAUCUUUGGUCUCAUAAAUCUAUAAUUUGUUGAACUAAAAGUGAAAUCUCAUAACUUAUAGUUUACUGUUGUAGCCUAUUAGAGCGCUGACUUUGUAUGUUUGACUGAAUCAUUUGCUUUAUUUUUCAUUGUAGCUUCUUAUACCUUUUGUUUAUACUUAUAUAAUGGGUAUUUGGCUAUUGUUGGCCAUUAAAACUGACAUUUAACAAAAAGAGUCAGGGGUGUGUUUUAUAUUUGCAGACUAUAUGCACAUAUUGACACAUAUGUUUGAUAUUUUUAAAAUGGAAACAAAAAGAGGAAGAACUGUGUUUUAUAGUUUGUUUGGUAAUAACUAUACAUGCAGUGAAGACUGUAACACUCUGCCUAAAUAAGGCAGGCUACACAAAUAAAGUUUUUUCUUUUCCCUC